AUGCAGCACCAGCAGCUGAAGCCGAAGCAGCACCAGCAGCUGAAGCCGAAGCAGCACCAGCAGCUGAAGUUGAAGCAGUACCAGCAGCUGAAGCUGAAGCAGCACCAGCAGCUGAAGCAGCACCAGCAGCUGAAGGAAGCAGCAGCUGAAGUUGAAGCAGCACCAGCAGCGAAAGCAGCACCAGCAGCUGAAGCCGAAGCAGCACCAGCAGCUGAAGUUGAAGCAGUACCAGCAGCUGAAGUUGAAGCAGCAGCUGAAGUUGAAGCAGCACCAGCAGCUAAAGCAGCACCAGCAGCUAAAGCAGCACCAGCAGCUGAAGCCGAAGCAACACCAGCAGCUGAAGUUGAAGCAGCACCAGCAGCUGAAGCCGAAGCAGCGCCAGCAGCUGAAGCAGCACCAGCAGCUGAGGCCGAAGCUGCACCAGUAGCUGAAGCAGCACCAGUAGCUGAAGCCGAAGCAGCACCAGCAGCUGAAGCUGAAACAGUAUCAGCAGCUGAAGCCGAAGCAGCGCCAGCAGCUGACGCUGAAGCAGCGCCAGCAGCUGAAGCUGAAGCAGCGCCAGCAGCUGAAGCUGAAACAGUACCAGCAGCUGAAGCCGAAGCAGCGCCCGCAGCCGAAGCAGCACCAGCAGCUGAAGCUGAAGCAGCACCAGCAGCUGAAGCUGAAACAGUACCAGCAGCUGAAGCCGAAGCAGCGCCAGCAGCUGAAGCAGCACCUGCAGCUGAAGCAGCACCAGCGGCUGAAGCUGAAGCAGUACCAGUGGCUGAAGCCGAAGCAGCGCCAACAGCUAAAGCAGCUGAAGCAGAGCAGGCAGCUGCUCCAGAACCAGCACCUACUUUCUUCCAGAGAUUUAAAAAGUUCUUCUUUAGAAGCUAA